CAACCCUGUACCGGCUUAUGGAGGAGCUGAAUGCAGUGUCAACGAUUUGACAGAGAGUAUGUCCUGUAAAGUACAAGAGUGUCCUGCUAACAGAAUCAUAGGUUUAUCACUGCAUAGUACUAGCGGUAAUGUGACACUGAUUGGAUUAGAGAUGACGUUUGUUAUGUCUGUGGAGCAAAUUGGGGAGAACCCUACUUUUACAUGGGACUUUGGUGGUGGUUUCAAGUUUAAUGUAGUUGAUCCAGCCCUAAGCUUGGAUGUCUACUCAAGCUACAGAUAUGAAGUUUCUCACACCUUCAUACAAGAAGGAAGCUAUGAUGUCACAAUUAGCGGAAUCAAUCAGCAUGGGAAUACAUCAGCUACUGUAACAAUUGAUGUUUUGGAAGGCAACUGUCCUGGGAAUGUAACAUUCACCAUGAUAGAUGGCGGCACUCUGGUACAUCCAUCAAGUUUCCUUGCAAGAUUACCCAUUCAUGUAUCAGGGACUGCACUUUUCAGUUGUGAACACUCAUCUGUGGAAUAUACAUGGCAGCUCUAUGAGCUCACUAGCAUUCACCCAUAUCCAAGUGCUUCGAAUUUGGUUGAUACAAAUGAUACUGAUGUACUGAAAUAUAAUAAUGAUUUACAUAUUGGUGUGAUGGCUCUUGACUAUGGGAUCUAUGUGAUAACUCUAGAAGCAGUUGCCAAGCACUCAGGAUCACCUGUUGGUAGUCUCUACAAACAGGGUUACAUCAAAGUGAAGCCUCUCCCACUGGUUGCUAUUAUAAAAGGUGGAACAUCAAGAUCAGUUAAUUCUAUGGACACGGUUUUCAUAGAUGCAAGUCUCUCAUAUGAUCCUGAUGAUGAUGUUCUACAUGAAGAUGUGAUGAAAUUUGAAUGGUCGUGUAGCAAAUAUGAAGGUAAUUGUGAGCUUCCUGGAUUGAGUAACUGCACAGAGGAGGCGCUUAAUGGUUCAUGCAUACUUUGGUCCAGUGAUACCUCCAUUCAACUUACAGAUGCUAACUUCACUGUAUCGAACAGUGCAUUGAUUGAGAAUGACCCGUACCUGUUCACUCUGACAGUCAGAAAAGCCAAUAGAGACCCAGUCUCAUUCACUCAGAUGAUCGUAGUUGUCUCUGCUGAGAAGCCAAAUGUUCAUCUUUUGUGCCUUCAGAAUUGCAACUACAAGGUGACUCCUAACAGCAAACUCUCCAUGGCAGCCCACUGUACAAACUGCCAAAGACAAAGUGAUCUUAACUUUGAUUGGUCCAUAAUUUCUGUUGAUUGUGAAUUCACAAUGGACUGGGCAUCUAUGAGUUUCACAGGACAGUUUGGCCAAGCAGUGAGCUUCAGACCAAGAGUCUUCCAAAAAGGGUGUAGCUUUAUUCUCCAUGUCAAUGGUGUCAAGAAAAGUGGAGCUGGUGUGGAUUCUGGAUUUGCCUCUUUUUUGUUUAGAACUAAUACGCCACCUAUAGCUCCAUAUAGGUCUUGUAUUGUGUCGCCAUCUAUUGGAGUUACUCUAUUUGAUGAGUUUGACAUUUAUUGCGAUAAUUUUGAAGAUGAGGAUGUCCCGUUAACAUAUGAAUUCUACUAUGUGAAGGUGGAAGAUUCGACAGGAUCAUUGCUGGCUUAUACAGAUAAGCCAGAGUUACUUGGGGUACAGCUUGGCCCUGGAGAUAGUGAAAGCAACUAUACAGUUGAGAUACAUAUUGACGUGACUGAUUAUCUUCAAGCUACAACUACGGAAGUUGUUAGUCUACAGGUGUACCCUUCCCAUAUGCAGUCUUUUGUGUACCCAGAAACAGCAGAUAGUACAAAUGAAUUAGUGGAGACAUUGACAAAUCUUACUGUUACAACACACAAUCAGGAAAGCAAGUUAGACAACCUUCUACAUUCUGGUGACACUCAAGCUGCCAGCCAACUUGUAUUCACAGUAUCAGCCAUAUUAAACAUGGAGUCACAUGAGAACACCACAAAUACAAACGUUACUUACAAUGAAACAAUGGCCAUGUUGGAGCAAAGAAGUCUGAUACGCGAUUCUAUUGUGACAUCACUAGCCAACACAAGCGUAGAUGUUGAUGACAUAACUGUGCUAAAACAGAAGGCAGGGGCCAUGCAUAGCAUUACAGUUGAGAGCACAGAACUUGCACCUUCUACUAAGG